CACGACUAUUGCCACUCAAGGUAGGUAGUAGCGUUAUAGUACGUGUAUCACGUACUGCUUGCAUAUGCCGGCGCAUUCCAUCAAAACGGAAUAGGUACGGAGGUGCCCGCAUCGCCAUUUUUUUUCUUUCUUAUCCUCUGUUCCAGCCCUGCAGAUGGCCACUUACCUGUACGACCGGGUCUCCAGUAUACGGCUUGAGCUGAAGAGUUGGAGUCCGGCAGAUGGCUGGACAGGGGAUCCUGCUUUUGGGAUGGUCACUGCCAGCCCUUUUUCGCCCUCGUCUCCCUUGCGUCGGACUAGGUUUGUACCUUUUUCUCUUUUCUUUUCCUUUUUUCUUCUUUUCCUUCUCCAUCUCGGCCCCUCUCGCUACUUUUCCUGGUUUUAGUGCAGCUAAUCAUUGGUUCACUAGUCUCACCCUUGCCAAGGUUUCUCAUGCUAUGACCUAGCAAGACAUGUACUACACUUCUAACUAGGUAGCUUGUAUUAUCCUCCUUCGUACGAUGCCCUACGAUGCCGCCACACAGGCGUACGAGAGGGUGAGCCAUCAGCUGGAUCAAGUCUCACCCGGCCCUGCCUCCCGGUUCUCGAAGCCUUCUUUUUGCUUUUUCUAUUCCGCCCGUUUACGGCAACGCUAUUGGUUGUGCGACAUGAAUCUUACCGCAAAUCAAACUUCCCCAAGGUUUGUUAAAAAUGACAGACAGGCCUUUAGCGGCAAACCCUAUGUGUCCCAGGAUGGGGAUUUGCACCAGUUUUCGUGGAGCAUCGCGAUGAGCUUGCCACGGGCAGGUGGUAAGCAGACAAUAUCAACAAGUACAUGCUCAUACAUGUUUGUACUUUGCUCUGAUGGAGUCCUCGUUAAAAGAGGCCCCUCUAUAUCUUCGAGCGAGCCGAGGCCGCCGGCACUCUUCUUUUAUAUACACGCCCAGAACAACACCGUGUGCCACCCUCUCCGGCAAGGCCGCUCGGCAGCUUUCCCCUUUGUCUCAUAAUCACACAGGAAAAAAAAAGGAUACGCAUAUUCGGACCUGCAAAUUGCUGCCUGGCUAGAAUGCAACAGCUACUGCCAAAAACAUCGCC